AUCUAUAAAACACGUGAACCAAUUUCUUUCCGCCAUUGUAAUUGCUUCAAGGUUCAUAUCAGUUCCAGUUAUGGAUACAAUCAACUCCUUCAAAGGCUAUGGGAAAGUGGACCCUGCGGAGGAACAAGCUUACCGGAGGAAGACCCGCAGGCGUAUAAUCAUCGUCGUCGUUUCCGCCGUUCUUCUCGUCGGUUUGAUCAUCGGAGUAGUUGCCGGGACUGUUGCUCACAAGAAGAACAAGAGUAGUGGCGGCUCCGGCGACGACGCCACUCCCGGUUCUCCGGCCUCUGUCGAGGCGAUGUGUAGCGUAACGGAGUACAAAGAGUCGUGCAUGAAGAGCCUGUCGCCGGCUGCCGCCGGAGGAAAGGUCAAAGACCCCUUGAAGCUUUUCGUGCUUUCUUUGAAAAUGGAGGCUGACUCCUUGGCGGAGCUAGCGUCGCGGCCGGCGGGGUGGAUGAAUGGGACCAAGGACAAGAACCUCCGGCAGGCAUUCGAGGUGUGCCGGGAUGUUUUUGACGAUGCAGUCCAACGCCUCAACGAUUCCAUCGCGUCCAUGGAGGUGCACGGGGUAGACGGCAAGAUACUCUCCUCUGCAAGAAUCGCCGACCUGAAAACAUGGCUGAGCGCCGCCAUAACAGACCAGGAAACGUGCUUGGACGCUCUGGAAGAGAUCAAAGCAAAUGCUACAGUUGUAGACAACGUGAAAGGGGAGAUGAAGAACUCAACCGAAUUCGCAAGCAACAGUUUGGCUAUUGUGACUCACAUCAUUUCGUUUCUCGGUAACCUCCACAUCCCGAUCCACCGGAAACUACUGACGGCGAAUCAACACUCCGAUGGAUUCCCAGGAUGGGUUAAACCCGGCGACCGGCGACUGUUGCAGGCAGAAAACCCGACGCCGGACGUGGUAGUGGACAAAAAUGGGUCUCCGGGGAGUGUUAAGACCAUCAAGGAAGCUGUGGAUAAGAUACCCCCGAAGAGUACGUCAAGAUUUGUGAUAUACGUGAUGGCCGGCGAGUACAAGGAGAAAUUGGAGUUGGAUAAAUCCAAAUGGAAUGUGAUGAUGUAUGGGGAUGGCAUGGGUAAGACCAUAAUUACCGGCAGCGACAACUACAUCGACAAGACGGCUACUUUCAAGACGGCAACCUUCACCGUUGUCGGACAAGGAUUCAUUGCCAGGGACAUAACGUUUCAGAACACGGCCGGAGCAGAGAAACACCAGGCGGUGGCAAUGCGGUCGGGGUCCGAUCAAUCGGUGUUUUACCACUGCUCCUUCGACGGCUACCAAGACACGCUCUAUGCCCACUCAAACCGGCAAUUCUACCGGGAGUGCCACAUCACCGGCACCAUAGACUUCAUUUUCGGCAGCGCCUCGGUGGUUUUCCAGGGCUGCAAAAUCCAGCCGAGACAACCACUGCCCAAUCAAUACAACACCAUUACAGCCCAAGGAAAGACCGAGCCAAAUCUGUCCUCCGGCAUUUCCAUUCAGAAGUGCGACAUAUCACCGCUGGGAGAAGUCACGGUGCCAACUUACCUGGGCAGGCCAUGGAAACCAUAUUCCACAACUGUUAUCAUGCAAUCCAGUAUUGGGUCUUUGUUGAAGCCCCAAGGGUGGAUUGAGUGGUUCCCCAAUGUUACUCCUCCGGCCACCAUUUUCUACGCCGAGUAUAUGAACACGGGCGCCGGUGCAGGUGUGGACCAAAGGGUGAAAUGGGAUGGGUAUCACCCCAGCAUCACAUCCGACCAGGCCUCCAAAUUCACCGUCCAAUCUUUCAUAGAUGGUGACCAGUGGUUGUCGGGAAAAGUCAUUUAUGAAUUAACCUUGUAACUUUAAGACCAGACCAAGCAUAAGAAGAAGAAGAUCAGAGUAACUGGUACCGAUCAACAUCUUAAAAUUUUUAUAAAUAAUGUAGUCUUAAGUUUAUUAAACAUAAUUAUGUUAAUUUCAUCUUUUGCAAAGAAAA